ACGGCUCCAUCCUUCUGUGGCAGACGACGGUGGUGAAGGGAAUGAAGGCAAGUUCCUGCCCUGGCAGGAGCCAUUAGCCCCCGAAGCGGCGGGAGCCAGGACCGGCCGCGCUCCCGCCCCCGCCGUGGAUGCCCAGUGCCCUCGCGGACCGAUGAGCGGCGACCUCCGCCCUACCUCCGAGCUGUGCCCGGGCCGGGUCGGCCGCCAGGCCGGCCGCCCCUCCUCCUCUCUCAGGGGAGGGGCAGGCUUAGCGGGCCACACCGCCGAGCAGUAGCGAGCGCCUGGAGCCGGGGCCAGGGGCACUGGAAUCAUGGGAAAGAAGGGGCAGAGGGCAGAUGUGAAGGUACAGCCUUCCUCGCCCUCUCCUUUGACACAAGAAACAGCUGAUGUCUAAAGCUGGGCUCCUUCUUCCUUGGACGGGACUCCUGCCCUGGCCUUGCUACCGAGGCCCCAUUUGGCCUCCCCCCUGAAGGGUGCCCUGGUACCAGCUGCUGGAGGGCCACUGGGCCCUCUGUGCAACCUGGGCACAGGGUGGGCAACCUCUCCUCCAGCCCCCAGUCACCGGGCAUGGCGACUCCUGGUCGGAAGCGAAAAGCCAACUUCUCCAAUGACGAGACGGAGACGCUGGUGUGGAAUGUGGUUCGACACUUUGGGGCCUUGUAUGGGGCCGAGGCCCUGCGCACCCAUUCUGCCCACCGCAACCAGCUGUGGGGCCAGAUCCAGAGCCGGGUGAACUUCCUGGGUUACACCGAGCGCUCUGUGGAAGACCUGAAGCACAAGUGGCGGGACCUACGGCUGGACGUCAAGCGGAAGCUCACCUCCAAGAAGGGCCCCCCCGGCAGCUGUGGCCCCCAGAAGGCCCGCCUCACGCCCUUGGAGAAGAUGGUGGCCUCCACCUUCACCCAGGCCAGCCCCGAGGCAGAACCUGAGGCCUUCUUUGACCCUGAGCCUGGUCUUGAGUCCCCCAUGUCUCCAGCCCUCCAAAAUGGCGUGAUGGUCUCCUAUGAUGAGGAGGAUGAAGAUACACAGGCGGCACCUGACCACGUCAAGGAAGGAGAGGAGGAGGAAGAGGAGAGACACGGCAUGUGGUUGCUCCGGCACUGCAGCUCGCGGGCCUCCCUCAGCUCCCUUCCCGAGGAGCCAGGGGAAGGCCCCCCGGGCUGGGCUGCCCCUGCUGUGGUCAGCGACCUCAGCCAGGUCCUCAGCCCCUCGCAGCUGCCCCCGCCUUUGCUGGAAGAUGAAGACAGAGGGGAUGGCGGCGGCAGGGGCAGACCUCGGCGUCUGAACUGGGAAAAACUGGAGGAUACGGCCCCCCGUUCCCCACUGUUCCGGGAGGAGUCUCUUCCUUCCUCCGCCUCGCCGAGUGGGGAGCCCCUCCGGGGGGGUGUGAGCUGUUCCCGGAGCGCUCGGGAGGCCUGGCGGACUAACCUGCACCGGCUCUUGGACCUGGAAGAGCAGUGGGACCAGCUGUACCACCAGGAGCUGGGGGUUUGGCAGGAAGAGCGGGCCCAGCAGCGGGAGGAGAGGGCCCGAGACCGGGAGCUGCAGUCCCGCCUCCUCAGCGUCCUCACAGACAUAAGGGAUGAACUCCGCUACUUGCGCCAGGAGAGGGCCUUCGCCCGCAGGAGUCAAGCCAUGGCAGCAUCUGCCACUGCCAACAUCGCCCAGAGCCUCUCCCCACCGCCGGCCUGUCCCACCCCCCUCUCAGGGACCUCCCCACAUUCUGGGGCCUCCUUCCUGGGGGCUGGCUUCUCAGGCCCUCCCCUUGCCAGCGCAGGCCGGGGGGAGUCCGGAGUUCUGGGCCACAGUGGAAGGCCGCCACGUCGAGGCCGAGGAAGACCCAGGGGCUCCACAUCAAAACACAAAAGGCUCUAGCUCACAUCUGGGGGAAGAACAGAACUGGGGUGGGGGCCACGGACCAAAAGACUUUUUUAAAAGUUUAAAAGAAAAUAAUAUUAAUAAAAAACAAAAAUAUGA